UACAGUCUACAUAUUUCGAUUCAUCACAAUUUCAAAAUGCAAUUCGUAACCCUUUUGCUUGUUAUCUUGUCACUUUCUCUGUCGACGUUUGCUUUUGACGUGGCAAGGAAAGUCAAUCCUGAAACCUCCGCAGUUGCGAGACCUGAAGUUUCUGAAUAUCCUGAAAUUCCAGAAGGUACAAAACUUCAAGAGUUUGUCAUGAUGGACAUUGAGAUCGAGGAGGAAGACGCUGACAAUAGGGACGAAACGAUUCAAAGGAUAAAAUGCGUACCGAGCCAAUGCAAUCAAAUUUGUAGGGUUUUAGGAAAGAAAUGUGGUUAUUGCAAAAAUUCAUCUACAUGUGUUUGUUUAGGAUAAAAUGAUUAAAUGUUGUAAGCCAGCAGCUGAAUAAAAAUAAAGAUUUUUUUAUAAAAAUUAUCUGAAAA